AUGAGCAACCGCCCCAUCAUAUACCUGUUCCUGCUCCUGCUUGGAUUCCAAGCCCCUCAGGCACAGGGGCGGCAUUUUUUGACACACCAGCUGAAGGACUACUCUGAAAUGAUCUAUGAAAUUAUGGAGAUCUUAAACAAGUCACCCUUGUCUUCACAGGACCCCUUGGACCCAAAUGACACAGAGACCCUGAGGCAAAACACCCUUCUGAGGCCAAACCUGAAUGAAUUCUUAAAAGCUGCAGAAAAUUUCCCUGAAUAUGGACUGAAAAUCCAGCACAUUCUUAAGAAAUUCCUCCCACUCCUGCCCAUGUCCACACCCACGGAUGAGCCCCUGCUCAUCACCUCCUCUUUACUCCCUGGAGAAUGGGUCAGCUGCCGUCCACCUAUGCCAGCCCUGCUACCUCUGCCCUGGUGGAGAGGAGAGGGACCCUGUGACCUGUCCCGCCAUGUUUCUCCCACACCUUGUCCUCAGCAGGCCAGAGCUGAGGGUUGA